AACUAGUUCAUUUUCUUCCCAAGCAGAAGGUUUUAUUUAAAAUAAAGCUGUUUAUCUGGCACUUCUGGGUGACCCUUUUUAAGAAACCACAGCAAUGGAUGGCUUUGGAGCCCUGCUUCGAAGAAACCAGUUCAUCUUCCUGGUGCUUUUUCUUAUGCACAUUCAGAGCCUGGGCCUGGACAUCGAUGGCCGCCCCACCACUGAUGUCUGUGCUACCCACACAAUUUCGCCAGGACCCAAAGGAGACGGUGGUGAAAAAGGAGAUCCAGGAGAGGAGGGGAAGCAUGGCAAGGUGGGACACAUGGGACCGAAAGGAAUUAAAGGAGAACUGGGUGAUAGAGGAGACCAGGGCAAUAUUGGAAAGACUGGACCAUUUGGCAAAAAGGGCGACAAAGGGGAGAAGGGUUUGCCUGGGAUACCUGGAGGAAAAGGUAAAGCAGGUACUGUCUGUGAUUGUGGAAGAUACCGAAAAGUCGUUGGACAACUAGAUAUUAGUGUUGCUAGACUAAAGACAUCUAUGAAGUUUGUCAAGAAUGUCAUAGCAGGGAUUAGGGAAACAGAGGAGAAAUUUUACUACAUUGUACAGGAGGAGAAGAACUAUAGGGAAUCUCUGACCCACUGUCGGAUCCGGGGCGGAAUGCUAGCCAUGCCAAAGGAUGAAGCUGCCAACACACUCAUUGCUGACUAUGUUGCCAAGAGUGGCUUCUUCCGCGUGUUCAUUGGGGUGAAUGACCUUGAGAGAGAGGGGCAGUAUGUUUUCACCGACAACACUCCUCUGCAGAACUACAGCAACUGGAAAGAGGGGGAGCCUAGUGACCCCUAUGGCCAUGAGGAUUGUGUGGAAAUGCUGAGCUCAGGCAGAUGGAAUGACACGGAGUGUCAUCUUACUAUGUAUUUUGUCUGUGAGUUUGUCAAGAAGAAAAAGUAACACCCCUCAUGCUACAUGUUUGUUAUUUCCCUAUGACUAUCACUGUAGUGUUUUGUUUUGUUUUUUGUCCGUUAAUUUCUUCCUAACAACACUAAAUUCAUUCUGACUCAUGACAAGUAGGAAAUGCUAAAUUGAGGU